UUUCAAAUGUUAUCUAUGAUAAAGUGCGAAGCGGACAGAAAUGAAGCUGUCAAAAGAAAUAGUGGAGUAUUUGAAAAUAGCGGGUGACAGUAGUAAAAUAUCGGAAGAAUGUUUUCAUCAUAUACUAUGUAAAGCUGUUGCUAGCAUAUUAGGGAUGUCAUUUACCUCCCCUGUGUUGGAUGAGCUGUUGAAUACUCAGUCUUCUAUAAAGGGUGCUUAUGGUGCUCUUUUAGUUUUGCUUGUGGAAGCUUCAAGGUUAAAUUUAACACCAGAUUCACUUGGAACUGCACUGCAGCAAGAAUACAGCUUUAAUGCUAAACGAUGUAGUAGUGUAAUGCAAUCCUAUAGUAACAAUAAAAACAAAAUAAGAGCUGCACUUAGUCACAUUGGACAGCAUCCUCCACAUGUUACUGAUGUGAGAUGGGAAAUGGAUUACUGUGUUAAGGUGAGCAGUCUGGAUCUUGUCCGUGAAGCCACUUAUAACAUACAACUUGAAGUUGAAAGAUGUCAGGGCAAAACAGACACACAGGAAAAUACAAUAACUUUCUCCUGUUCUGUGGGUGAGCUACAGAACUUGGUGUGGAAACUAAAAGAAGCGGUCAAACACUUGGAAAGAAUCUCUCUUAAGUAACUGUGUCUCUGAAUGACCAGUAACAAAAUAGACAGAAUCAUUUUUUCACACAGACAGCUGUGUGUGCCACAACAGAUUAUUUCAUUUCUUGUGUAUAAGUUUUUUGUGGUGUAGUUCACAUAAAUCAUUAUCCUCUAAGUGUCUAUGUAUUUUCUGGAUGAUUGUCGUUUCACCCGUUGUAUCAAGAUGGUACCUGUUUUCAGUGUUGAGAAUGAUAAUACACGUGUUCCACUUCCGGAACUCUGUAUUUGUAAGUAACUUUUCUAAAUGGUGUGCAAGCAGUGACAAAUUUGCAUUACAUGCAUCUAUUGUUAAUUUAGUAUGAAGGGAACUUUUUAAAUUGUACUGAUAGUUUCAAAGUAUGUAAUAGGAUUUUUAGCAUUCAGUUUCUGAUAAGUAUUAUUUUGAUUGAAGUUUUUCCAACUGAUGGAAUCCUUCAUGACCAUAAAGUUAUAAAGCUAUUAUUAUUAUAUUUUGCAUAUUUCAUUACCAAGUAUUCUAUUAUUUUGUAUUUGUGCUCAAUGUACCAUUUAGUUUUUGUUAGAUGUAGUUAACCCACUUGCUGUAUUGAGCUGGCUGCAAAAUAUAAAUGACAAGAAACAGUAA